AUGACGAAGGCCGUCGGUAUCGAUUUGGGUACCACUUACUCUUGUGUCGGUGUCUGGCAAAAUGAUCGAGUCGAGAUCAUCGCCAACGACCAGGGUAACCGGACAACACCAUCAUAUGUCGCGUUCUCCGACAAUGAGCGACUCAUCGGCGAUGCGGCGAAGAACCAAGUCGCGAUGAACCCCCAUAACACCGUCUUCGACGCGAAGCGUCUUAUCGGCCGCAAGUUCGACGAUCCCGAGGUGCAGGCCGAUAUCAAGCACUACCCUUUCAAGGUCUUCUCGAAGGGUGGCAAGCCGUACAUUCAGGUUGAGUACCGCGGCGAGACUAAGGAAUUCUCACCUGAAGAGAUCUCGUCCAUGGUCCUCGUCAAGAUGAAGGAGACCGCGGAGUCGUACCUCGGCGGCACCGUCACCAACGCCGUUGUCACCGUCCCCGCCUACUUCAACGACUCCCAACGUCAGGCGACGAAGGACGCGGGUACUAUCUCCGGUCUCAACGUCCUCCGUAUCAUCAACGAGCCUACUGCUGCCGCCAUCGCAUACGGUCUUGACAAGAAGGUUCAGGGCGAGCGAAACGUCCUCAUCUUCGAUCUCGGAGGAGGAACCUUCGAUGUUUCCCUUCUGACGAUCGAGGAGGGCAUUUUCGAGGUCAAGGCGACUGCCGGCGACACCCACUUGGGCGGCGAGGACUUCGACAAUCGACUCGUUAACCACUUCGUCCAGGAGUUCAAGCGGAAGCACAAGAAGGACCUUUCCUCCAACCCUCGCGCCCUCCGCCGUCUCCGCACUGCUUGCGAGCGUGCCAAGCGCACCCUUUCCUCCGCCGCCCAGACCUCGAUUGAGAUCGACUCGCUCUUCGAGGGCAUCGACUUCUACACCUCCAUCACCCGUGCCCGCUUCGAGGAGUUGUGCCAAGACCUCUUCCGUUCCACGCUCGAGCCCGUCGAGAAGGUCCUUCGCGAUUCGAAGAUCGACAAGGCGAACGUCCACGAGAUCGUCCUCGUCGGCGGCUCGACCCGUAUCCCCCGUAUCAUCAAGCUCGUGUCCGACUUCUUCAAUGGCAAGGAGCCGAACAAGAGCAUCAACCCCGAUGAGGCUGUCGCCUACGGUGCCGCCGUCCAGGCCGCCAUCCUCACCGGCGACACCUCCGAGAAGACCCAGGACCUCCUCCUCCUCGAUGUCGCCCCUCUAUCCCUUGGUAUCGAGACUGCCGGCGGUGUCAUGACCGCCCUUAUCAAGCGUAACACCACCGUGCCGACCAAGAAGUCGGAGAUCUUCUCGACAUACGCCGACAACCAGCCCGGCGUGCUUAUCCAGGUCUACGAGGGUGAGCGUGCGCGGACGAAGGACAACAACCUGCUCGGCAAGUUCGAGCUCUCCGGCAUCCCCCCCGCGCCUCGCGGUGUCCCUCAGAUUGAGGUCACCUUCGACAUCGACGCGAACGGCAUCCUCAACGUCUCCGCGUCCGACAAGACCACCGGCAAGUCGAACCGCAUCACCAUCACCAACGACAAGGGCCGUCUGUCGAAGGAGGAGAUCGAGCGCAUGGUCUCGGAAGCCGAGAAGUACAAGGCCGAGGACGAGGCCGCUGCGGAGCGCAUCCAGGCGAAGAACGGCCUCGAGUCGUACGCAUACAACCUCCGCAACUCGAUCAACGACUCGCAGCUUGCGGACAAGUUCGACGCCGCCGACAAGAAGAAGCUCGAGGACGCCGUCAACGAGGCGAUCCAAUGGCUCGACAACUCGCAGGAGGCGUCGAAGGAGGAGUACGCGGAGAAGCAAAAGGAGCUCGAGGGCAUCGCCAACCCCAUCAUGCAGAAGCUCUACGGUGCGGCGGGUGGCGCCCCCGGCGGCUUCCCUGGCGGCGCACCAGGCGGCUUCCCUGGAGGCGCUCCUGCGGGCGAGGAUGGCCCGAGCGUCGAGGAAGUCGACUAA